UUAUAAUGCAAGUCUAUUUUAACAUCAAUUGGGAAAACCCAAUUUUAGUGAAAAAGAGCUUUAAAAGCUUAACUUAUUUGUUGAAUGAAAAAUCAAGACACACCUUCCACAAAUGUUUCUUGUGUUCAAAUAAUGAAUAUUAACCAUUUCAAGACGUAGAUCAUCACCAGCAUGAAAUUCAGAAGGACGUGCAAAACACCAAAUGGAUGAGAUACACGACAAGAUUCUCCGGAACCUCCGGUCGUUUCUUGUUAAAAAUAUCAAACCAGACGAAGAAAUUCAGGAUCAGAUUUCUGAUGAAAGAGUUUUCACCAAACAAAUGAUUGAACGAAUAAAGGCACAGGAAACACCAAGCGAAAGAUGUAGAAAGAUGCUAGACAUUUUACCUCAGCGUGGUCCCAAUGCCUAUGAUAUAUUUCUCGAGUAUCUACGAAAAUCUGGACAUGGCUUUGUAGCAGACAGGAUAAUAAAGACAGAACAGGAAUACACAUAUGGUACCUCAUUGACAUGUUCAGAAUCUGCCGCAGAGGGUCAAAACCAAAGUGCUUCUAUAGGUGUCAGUCAACAAGUAACUGAUAAUACCACAACCAAACAUUUAGCCAAAGGAAUUAGCUUAAAUGAUACGGACAAUGGUGGAACGUCUAAACCCGUUGCAAAAGUGCAGCCACAGCAUACAGAGAACCACUAAAAGUUAAAGGGCAUUCUCUGAUCUAAUGAAUUCUCAUUAAACCAUCACAUGAUGAAUACAAGUUUUGGACAUCGUCGUUAUCAUACCCCCAACUGCGACGUUUUAGGUUUUGCCAUGCAUAUGGAAAUAUUCACUGUUUGUUUGUAUCGCUUUGCCCUUAUAUAUAGACAUAUUCCCUGUUUGUGUUUAUCACUUUUUCGCUAACAUUGAGUUAACUAACCACAAUCAUUUAUGUGUAAAAAAUUAACGAGAUGUAAUUCUACAAAAAACAAAGGAAUCUAAUUUUUCUUUAAACUAAAAGUAAAUAUUAAGAGGAUGUUGCUUACUUAAAUUUGAUUUUCAUUAUUUCGUUGAAGAAUGGGGUUCGAUUUAGAUGUAGUACUUCAAAUCUAAUUACUUUUGGUGAUGUAUUUGUAAAUUUCAUACUACAAAUUCAAGAGUUUAAUAAAGUUAGGCAAAUUUAAACGAAGGAAAUAUUUGUUCGAUCACAGCUAUUUGUAAAACUGCUGUCAUUAAAAGCCGAAACAAUUCUGUUCGAAAUUCCGAAGUUAACACAAGUUCACAACUAACACAGUACAUGAGGUGUUUGAAUGGACAUAUAUAACACCACUGGUAAUUCUUCUUUAUUUGCAACGUAACAUCACAUUUCAUUGGCCACGCAAUAACCAGUUUUAUAUUGAAAUGACAACUACCAUUGUAAGGUACAUCCCUUAUGUUCCUCGUAACAGCCAGGUCAUAUACUGACGGGUGUGUAGUGAUAUACCUUAGCCUGUUAUUGUAUGUUCCUCGUAACAGCCAGGUCAUAUGUUGACGGGUGUGUAGUGAGAUACCUUAGCCUGUUAUUGUAUGUUCCUCGUAACAGCCAGGGUCAUAUAUAUUUUGACGGGUGUGUAGUGAGAGACCUUAGCCUGUUAUUGUAUGUUACUCGUAACAGCCAGGUCAUAUGUUGACGGGUGUGUAGUGAGAGACCUAAGCCUGUUAUUGUAUGUUCCUCGUAACAACCAGGUCAUAUGAUGACGGGUGUGUAGUGAGAGACCUUAGCCUGUUAUUGUAUGUUCCUCGUAACAGCCAGGGUCAUAUGAUGGCGGGUGUGUAGCUAGAGAGCUUAGCCUGUUAUUGUAUGUUCC